AUGGAUACAUCAGCUUACCAACAACUAUAUCACAUUAGCCCAACCAACAACUAUAAUCACAUUAGCCCCACCAACAACCAUAAUGACAUCAGCCCCACCAACAACUAUGGAUACAUCAGCCCAACCAACAACUAUAGAUACAUCAGUCCCACCAACAACUAUGGAAACAUCAGCCACACCAACAACUAUGAUCACAUCAGCCCCAACAACAACUAUGAUCACAUUAGAACCACCAACGACUAUGGAUACAUCAGAACCACCAACAACUAUGGAAACAUCAGCCACACCAACAACUAUGAUCACAUCAGCCCCAACAACAACUAUGAUCACAUUAGAACCACCAACGACUAUGGAUACAUCAGAACCACCAACAACUAUGAUCACAUUAGCCCCACCAACAACUAUGGAUACAUCAGCCCCACCAACAACUAUGACCACAUCAGAACCACCAACAACUAUGAUCACAUCAGCCCCUCCAACAACUAUGGAUACAUCAGCCCCACCAACAACUAUGAUCACAUCAGCCCCUCCAACAAUGAUCACAUCAGCCUCACCAACAACUAUGGUUACAUCAGAACCACCAACAACAAUGAUCACAUCAUCCCCAUCAACAACUCCCCACCGACAACUAUGAUCACAACCACCAACAACUAUGGUCACAUCAGACCAACCAACAACUAUGUUCACAUCUGA